AUGGACUUAUUCAACGAGAAAGACUUGUAUACGGGGUUCUCCAUGUUUCAAAGGGGCCCCGACGUCUCUCGCUUUCGUCAAUUUCUUAAUUUGCUGGGAUGCAUUAUUGUGAUCCCACUUUACACGCUCAUUACCGGCUAUACACGACACCCGUUGACUCUAGAUAUUCUGCUGGUCAUUUUCACGGCGGAGUACAAUCGUUUCGCCAAUGGGAAUCGCCGGCGGCGGUUGAAGGCCCCUUCUCAGGAUAUCCAAGACCCGGAGAAAGCUAGCGGUCUGCUUACUAGCGACAGCAGCACAGACUGUAUGGCGGCGAUCGUCGGCUACCGUGAAGACCCAGAGCUGUUUGCUCGGGCGUUAGAUAGCUACAAACAUGCCGCAGACUGCCGCUUCGUCCUGGUGGGCGUCGAUGGCGAUGAUACCCCGGACAUGGAAAUGGUUCGCGUUUUUCAGGAGGUAUUCCCCGACCGAUCGACAACCAUUCAGAUUGACGAGCCUUUUGGCGAGAUGGCCAUGAAGACUUUUGAGAAGCUUUCCACCAUUGAUGGGAACGCUCAGGCUCCUGAGGUGUAUAUGGAAGCGACUAUUGCCCACUGCUGUCAGCUCGCGCGCGAGAUCCUGUCCGAGCAUGACCUCGACCUCGGUGAGGCCGGUGGCAUCACACGAUUGUGCCUCUUCCAGCCACAUUUGCACAAGAAGGGAAUUAUGUUUACGUCUUUCAUUUUCUCCAUUGUGAUCUCCGAGAUGCUCGGCAUCGAGUAUCUGUGGUCUUCCGACUCUGACACGAUCGUGCUGCCUGAUUCUCUACGAAGCACCAUUGCAACCAUUGCUGGUGACCCCCACGUCGGUGGCGGAAGCUCGGGGCUGAUUGUGCACAAUGAGAAUGACACGGUCACCAGCAAACUGGGCAGCGUGGUAUACUGGUCGGAGCUUUAUAUGACUCGAUCAACCUCUACUGCCUCGGGCACCAGCGAGUGCCAGUCUGGCCCCAGCACAGCUUUCCGAGUAGCGGCGCUGCCAGCAAUCUUGUAUCCUUGGUAUACCCAAACUGUAUGCGGUCACCGAAUGAUUGUCAACGAGGAUCGUCAUCUCACCACCAACCUCCUCAUGCGUGGAUGGACCGUGACAUAUGUGUCGGACACAUUGGCCGCAACUGAUACCCCUACAACCCUGAGCCGCUGGAUUAUGCAACAGGUUCGCUGGGGCCGAGCAGCCCACAUUGAAUCCUUCCAACAGCCUCAAAUUUACGUCCUCAAUAAUCCGCUCUUCUUCUGGGCCGCCAUCAAGCGAGAGGCUGGUCCCCUGCUUGCAUUUUGCUAUAUUAUUUACUAUCUCAUGACUGGCCGCUCCUUUAUUUAUUUCAACUGGUACGACAUAGGCAUUCGCAUCGCCUACACAUUGCUGUACAACAUCUUCCGCAACCCAGACCGAGGCCCCAGUAACUGUUGGUUGUGGUUUGGGCCUGGCAUCUUUUUCUACAACAUCCCCCUUCCCAUGAUUCACACCUGGAGUUUGAUUACUGUGUUCCAGGAUGGAUGGGGUACAUCCAUGCGAUCAACCAGCGAAAUGUCCAAGCGAGGAAAGGCUUGGAAACGCUGGAAUGAUUUGGGUUUCUUUGUUGUUUGGAUGGGAAUUGUCGGUGGUGCUUUGGCUCGAAUGUUCGCCCACAAGGCUGGGUGGGAUGACGCCAGUAUGUUCAAGGCCAUCGUGCUGGGAAUGAUCGUCCCGUCGGCAGUGUCCUUCUAUGGUCUGGUGGUCCAGGAAUGA